AGUCAUGGGAGUGGCUGUUCCCCACUUGGAUCCCACCCCUGUUCAGAGGGCAAGAGUUGUUAGCAUAUUAAAGCUGCUAACACAUCCACUCAGAGCUGGCCUUGAGAAGCUCAGCAGCCAGGCUACGGAACUUGAAUUAGUGAAACAAGAGACUAUAAUAUGGCAGGAAAGCCAGUGCUUCACUACUUCAAUGGCCGGGGCAGAAUGGAGUCCAUCCGGUGGCUCUUGGCGGCAGCUGGAGUGGAGUUUGAAGAGAAGUUUAUAGAAUCUCCAGAUGAUUUGGAUAAGUUAAAAAAUGAUGGGAGUCUGAUGUUCCAGCAGGUGCCCAUGGUGGAGAUCGAUGGGAUGAAGCUGGUGCAGUCCAGAGCCAUUCUCAACUACAUUGCCACCAAAUACAACCUCUACGGGAAGGACAUGAAGGAGAGAGUCCUGAUUGAUAUGUAUACAGAGGGUAUAGCAGAUUUGCUUGAAAUGAUCAUGAUUCUGCCACUAUGUCCUGCAGAUCAGAAAGAUGCUAAGUUAGCCUUGAUCAAAGACAGAUCAACAAACCGUUACCUCCCUGCCUUUGAAAAAGUAUUGAAGAGCCAUGGACAAGACUACCUUGUUGGCAACAAGCUGAGCAGGGUUGACAUUCACCUCACUGAACUUCUCUACUAUGUGGAAGAAGUUGACUCCAGUCUUCUGGCCAACUUCCCUCUGCUGAAGGCCCUGAAAACCAAAAUCAGUAACCUCCCCAACGUGAAGAAAUUUCUGCAGCCUGGCAGCCAGAGGAAGCCUCCUCCUGACCCGAAAAAGAUAGAAGAAAUGAGGAAGACGUUCAAGUUUUAAGAAAGCUGGCACUGACCAAGGCCAUACCAAAUUUUUAGUUUUGCAAUAAUGAAGUACUUCACCUAAAUAUUGAUCUUGGCUAUUAUUAAAAAUAUAAUCUUUUCAAAUUAUGUACAAUAAUGAAAUAACAAAAAAAUAAAACUCCUCUGAGGAGACCUAAUUUAAACUUAUUCCCUUUCAUUAGGAUCUGAUAGGAAAUCAGAUUUCUAAUCUUCUUCUAACAUAUCUCUUUCUUGGAGUUAAAAUCUUAAUAAAAAAGAAAAAUACA